UUCAGGCGCUGAGGAGCCCAAGUAUUGCAAUCGCCGAGACCUUCGAGGGACUUUGACAUACGCUCAACUCAAGCCCACAUAACAUAUUUUCUAUAUGAAUUGUGUGGACUUUACGAAACAACGCACAGAACAUGGUAAAACGCUUUCGCUGGUGUUCUAGACCAGCGCAUUUUCCACAGGACUUGUAGCACCUAUAGAACUGGAAAGUGACAUCAACUGUUAACAUUAGGUAAAGCAUAACAAGAAUGCCAGCGUCCAACGGCGCGGACCAGGGCACUGCCCCCGGGGGCACGAUGGCGUAUGGCGUUCUGUCACGGGAGCAGCGAAAGCAAAUGUUUGGGCUUGACUGCCCGGAGCAGCUGGAGUGGCGGCACUGGAACCCAGGGACGGAGUAUGUGAAGCAGCUGGUGCUGAAGAACGUGAGCACGUCCGUGCUUAAGAUUCGCUUCAAGCAGCCCACCAGCAAAGCCUUCGGCAUGGACUUCCCGGAGCCCUUCAAGCUGCGGCCAGGCAUGAGCCAGCCGCUCAAGGUGGUGUUCCGGCCGCUCAAGCAGCAGCACUACAGCGACAAUGUGGAGCUGUUCGUGGGGAACGUGUCCUGCCUGGUGCCCGUGCACGCCUACACGCCUGUGACUCACAUCGAGGUGCCGCCGGCGCUGGACUUUGGCUUCACGCCUACAAAGGAGACGGUGACGGCGCAGCUGCCCGUCCGCAACACAGGAGACGUGCGGGUUGACGUGCUGUGGAAGCUGGACGCGCCGUUCUCCAUCUCGCCGCUGUUCGCCAGCCUGGCGCCUGGCGAGGUGGUGGCCUUCACCGCCUCCUUUACGCCCCCGGAGGCCUGCUCCUACACAGCCAGCGCGGCCUGCCAGCUGGAGUCGGGCGCAGCGGCCAUCUGCAAGAUCUCCGGCAUCGGCAAGUUUCCGUACCUGUCGGUGGAGCAGGCGGGCGUGGACUUCGGGGCGGUAGUGGUGGGGCAGCGUGUGGAGCGGCUGGUGCGGUUCGGCAACCACAGCGUGGUGCCCGCGCACUUCGCGGUCACGCACGACGAGGCGGGGCCCGACGACGGCGUGUUCACCGUGGGGCCAGCCAGGGGCACGCUGGGCCCGGAGGAGUACAGCAUGCUCAAGCUGUCCUACACGCCCCGCGCCACCGGCACAUUCAGCAGCGAGACCUUCCACAUCGGCACCGCCGGCGGCAACCGCGUGGCGCUCAACCUGCGCGGCACCGCGGUGGCGCCGCUCGUGACGCUCUCCACGCGCGCCUUCAACUUUGGCAACGUGGCCGCCGGCGCCACCGCCUCGCGCGUGCUGUACAUCCGCAACCACUCCGCCGUGCCCGUGCCGUACGACUUCCAGGUCGACCCGCUGGACGUGUUCGCCAUCUCCCGCACACGCGGCGUGCUGGCCCCCGACAGCACCGCGCACGUGACCAUCACGUUCCGGCCCAUGGCCGGCCUGGCCGCCAACCUGUGGCGCCGCGUGACGCUGCUGCUCAAGGACGCCGAGCCGCAGGGUGUGGACCUGGUGGCCACCGCCUACACCGACAAGAGCCGGCCGCCGCCGCUGAGCCAGCGCCACGUGGAGCGCUACAUGGCGCGCGUGCUGUCGGGCGGCCCGGCCGUGGAGGAGUCACAGCUGGACUCCAAGCCGCCCUCCGCGGCCACGGGCGCCGGCGGGCUGGAUGGCGCCAGCGAGGGCGGCGCAGGGCCGCUGUUGGCGGGCGGUGGUUUUGGCAGCCUGUUGCCGCCGCUGGGUGACGCGGCGGAGGGCGGGGAGGGCGCCGCGUCCAAGCUGCUUGGCCCCGACGGCUGGUCGCUGCUGUUCGGCGGCCAGGACCCGGCUGCGGCGCUGACGGUGGACAGCGACGCGCUGGACUUUGGCAGCUGCUCGCGCCUGAGCGCAUCCGAGUACCGCUCCGUGACCGUCACCAACCACACCCCCGCCAAGCUGACGGCCUUCGUGCUGGUGCCCGAAUGGGCCGACCCGGGCGCGGCGCCCGGCGACGCGCCGCAGCGCGUGUUCCAGGUGUUCCCCGAGUCCGCCGACAUGCGGCCCUACGGCCAGGCCACGUUCAAGGUGGCGUUCCGGCCGCCGCGCGACGCCGCGUUCUUCAGCCAGCAGCUGGCGCUGGUGGCGCACACCAAGAGCCAGCGCAACUUCCGACUGGUGGCGGAGCACCAGGUGCUGCCGGCCUGGUGCGUGCCGCUGCGCGCCACCGGCAACACCUUCCUGCACUCCAACCCCGAGUUCGGGCCCAAGGUGGAGCUGUCCAGCCGGGCCGUGGCCUUCCCGCCCUGCCGCCCCGGCGAGCGCGUGCACCAGACGCUGCUCAUCGCCAACAGCGGCGACACGCCCGUCGCCUUCUCCUUUGGCGCCGCGGGCGCCGCGCUGGGCCCGCUGUUCUCCGCCAAGCCGGCGGCGGGCGUGGUGCCGCCGCAGGGCCACGUGCUGGUGGCGCUGCGCUUCGCGCCCACCGACACGCGGCCCGCCGCCGCCAACGCGCUGGUCACCUUCAACGGCGUGGCGUCGAACGCGGUGUCGGUGUCGCUGCGCGGCGCGGCGCACACGCCGCGCCUGACCACCGACCUGCCCUCCUCCACGCUCUACUUCCGGCCCACUUGCGUGGGCGCCUCCAGCCAGCGCGCCGUGACGCUGCACAACCCCAGCCGCGUGCCCGUGGCCUUCCGCUGGCGCCUGCCGGCGCGGCUGCAGGGCCUGGUAACGGUCUCGCCCGCCGCCGGCGCGCUGCGCGGUAACGAGUCAGUGCAGCUGCAGUGGUCCUUCACGCCGGCGGCGCAGAAGCUGUACGAGGCGCGCGCGGCCUGCCUGGUUAUGUCGCCACCGGAAGCGGCGAAUGGCAAUGCAGCCGGCGCCACCGCCUCCGCCGCCAGCCUGUUUCCCGGCGCCGGGCUGGCGACGGGGAUCGAGUGGUACGAGGGCGCGGGCGCGACGGCGGCGCUGGCGGGCAUGGGCGAGGAGGAGGCGGCGGACGCAGUGCUGCUGAGCCUGGUGGGUGAGGGCACGCAGGGCGCGGUGGCGCUGGAACCGCCGUCGCUGGAGCUGGGCGACCUGCGGGUGGGGCACCCGGUGCGGCGGCCGCUGCUGCUGCAGAACUGCAGCGACGGCGUGUUACGCUACAGCCUGGAGGUUGGCCCGGCAGAGGACGACCAGCCGCCGGCGGGCGACGCCACGCUCGUGGACUUCACGGCGGGGCUGGACAGUGCGGCGGAGGGCGGCGUGGGUGGAGGCGCGGGCGGCGCGGGUGGCGCGGCGCUGGAGUGCUGGGUGGACGAGCCCGAGGGCGCGCUGCCGGCGCGCGCGUCCAAAACGGUGAUGGUGACGCUGUUCCCGCGCUACCGCAAGCGCUACAGCCUGCAGGUGCGCUGCCGCAGCAGCACAGUGGCGCCGCUGCUCACUGGGCCCAACCGCCCGCCGUCAGGCGGCGCCGGCCCGCGCCCUCUGGACGCCGGCAGCGAAGCUGCCGCGGCGGCGGCCGCCGCCGCCGCGGCCGCGGCUGCGCCGCUGCCUCCGCCGGUCAUUGCGCCGCUGACUGCCAGCACCACCUUCCCCACGCUGGAGGUGACGGACGUGUACUGCGAGGGGCUGCCGAAGCAGCUGCUGUGGCAGCUGCUGGGCCUCAACGACCUCAACCACCACCUGCGCACCGAGGUCACCGCCACGGAGCUGCGCCUGCGGGCCGCGCAGGACCGCGGAGCGCUCACCACCGAGGCCGCCAGCGCCGCCAUGCGCCCCUUCCUCAUGGAGUUCGGCACGCACGGCCUGGGCGGCCGGCCGCGUGUGGUGCACGUAGAGAUCUCCAACCCCACGCCGCUGCCCGCCUCCUGGCAGCUGCACUCCUUCGACGACCCCGAUGGUGUGGAGCUGGAGAACUGGGUGGAGCCCGGCCGCCCGCGCACCGAGGGCGAGCGCAUGCGCGACCUCAUCGCCGAGUACAAGCUGUUUGAGAUGCGGCCGCGCAGCGGCGAGCUAGAGCCGGGCGCGCGCUGCACCGUGACCAUCGAGUUCCGGCCCUCCGUGGAGGGCUCCUUCGAGCUGCCCGUGUUUCUGCAUAUCACGGAUGGCAAGCGGCUGCGGCUGCAGCUGCAGGCCGUAACCACGCCCGAGCCGCUGCAGCUGCUGGCGCUGCCGCCGCCGCUGCGGACGUUCCGGCUGGAGCCCGUGGCGCUGGGCGAGCGCGCGCCGCCGCUGCAGAUGUACGUGCUGCGCAACGGCGGCCCGGCGCCGCUGCACUGGCGGCUGGACACGGCGCCGCUGGCGGCGCUGGCGGAGGCGAGCUGGGGGCACCCGGUGCUGGAGCUGGUGGGGCCGGAGGAGGGCGACAUCGAGGAGGGCGGCGUGGCGGCCAUCAACUGGCGCUUCUCGCCGCUGGAGGCCAAGGAGUACCGGGUCGAGGUGCCGGUGCUGCUGGGUGACGGCGGCAUUGAGGUCAUCGAGCUGCUGGGCCGCGGCUUCGCGCCGCCGCCCGCGCCGCCGCACGGCGCCGCCGCCGUGCAGCUCAUUGGCCCCGGCGCCGCCACCUCGCCCGCAGCCCCCACCACCGCCGCCGAAGACGACGACACGCCCGCAGCAGCGCUGGAUUCGGUGGGCGGCGACGCGGAGGCAGAGGCGGCACGCGCGGCCGCGGCGGCGGACCGGGACUGGAUCACUUGGCGCGGGCUGAGCUCGGCACCCAGUGCGGGCAUGGCGGGGCGGCUGGCGCUGGUGGACCACGACCUGGUGUCGCUGGGCGUCACCCCUGUGCGAGGCCUGACGCGGCGCAUCAUCGUGCUCACCAACAAGUCGCGCUACCCGCUGGCCUUCGACUGGGACCUGGGCUGCUUGGCGCCGCCGCCGCCGCCCGGCCUGGCCGCCACGCAGCGCGCCGCCGCAGCCAGCGCCAUGAUGGGGCUGGGCGGCGGCUCGCUGCUGCCCGCCUCACAGCUGCAGCUGCUGGCGGGCCGGCCGCUGCAGGGCGCCCUGGCCAUCAGCCCGGCCGCCGGCAGCCUGGAGCCGGGCGAGCGGCUGGUGUGCCGCGUGUCGCUGCACGCCGGCGUCACGCCGCAGGUGUUCGAGGGCGAGGUGCGCUGCCACGUGCGCAUCGACGAUGAUGCGGUGGCGGAGGCCGAGGCGGCGGCGGCGGCAGCCGCUGCCGCAGGCGCCGCCGCCGUCGCGGCGGAGCUGCCGUUCGUGGAGCAGGUGGAGGAGGUGAUUGCGGAGGCGCCGGUGCGCGGGCCGCCGGCGCCGCCGCCGGCUGUGGCGGCGGCGCAGCGCGCCAGCCGCCUGCGCAGUCGGCUGCCGGUGCACCAGUACAUGACGACGGCGGUGCGCACGCGCAUCGAGCCGCUGAACGCCGCCUUCACCGCCACCAUGGAGGCGCGCACGAGGCGGCUGGCGGACGCCACGCGGCCGCCCUCCUGGCCGGAGCCGCAGUCCAUCAGCGUGACGCUGCGCGGCCGCAUCCUGGACGAGCGGCAGCUCGGCGCGCUGCGGUACGUGCCGCCGCACGAGCGCGCCGCGGCGCGCGCGGCGGUGGUGGCGGGCGCGGCCUGGGUGCCGCCGGCCAUGGUGCCCUUCUGGGAGGAGGAGGGGCGGUCCACGCCCGCGGUGUCUGCGCAACCCAGCUCCCAGGGCGGUGGUGGCUAUGGUGUUGGCGGAUAUGGUGGCGGCUACGGCAGUGGUGGAAGCCAGGGCGGGGAGGCGUCGGUGGCGCCGUCUGGCGGCGACCCGGGCGGCUACUCGCCGCGUGGCGGCAUGGCGGAUUCGUGGCCGAGCCUGGAGCCGGGCCUGGGCAUGGAGGAGACUGUGGUGGGGCCGCCAACGGUAGGCCUGGACCUCAGCCUCAGCCUGCAGCACGCCGGAGGGGCUGGUGGGGCGCCAGGCGGCGACGGCGACUCCGACUCCCGACCUGGCACGCCGUCCAUGACAGCGGCGGCGCACCACCACCACCACCACCCGCGCCACGCCGGACCCGCUCCCGGCUCCGGCACGGCUGAGGUCAUGGAGGUGACCUUCUCCGGCGACCAGCAGCCGACAGGCGGCCCGAUGCCAUCGCCACCGAGCAUCAGCGGCGCACCGGACCCAGACUCCGCCACGCCUGACGACGACUUCGCCACUAGCGACGCCGCCGUCAAUGCCGCGGCAGCGGUCCGCGCGGCCGGCGGCGGCAUGGGCUCGCCACAGCCUGUAGACCCCGGCGGCUCUGCCGCCGCCGCCGCCAGCGAGCUGGCACCGCCGGCGCUGCCGCCAGCGCCGCCACGCGGUGGCGACAUCGAGUACGACGCCCUGGUGUCGGCCCGUGAGGUGCUGGCGGGCUUGUUUGCAGAGCUGAUGGAAGACGCGGACGUCGUGCGGGCCGUGGCGUUCCUGCCAGAGCACGAGGUGCCCAGCUUUGCUGAGGUGCGGGCCACGCCGCCGCCCUGUUACGACCCCGCGGUCCGGGCGGCUGCGGAAGCGGCGCGGGCAGAGGCAGAGGCGCGCGCUGCGGCUGAGGCGGCCACCAAGGCCGCGGCUGAGGCUGAGGCGGUGGCCGCCCGCGCAGCGGCAAUGUUGGGCCCCAAGCAUGAGGCCAGCAGCAGUAGCAGCAGUAGCAGCAGCAGCAGCAGCAGUUCCUCUUCCUCAUCUUCUUCCUCGUCAGCAGCAUCCUCGCCAGGGGCGUCGCCAACUGGAAAGGCUCCUGUCGUGGAGGCAGCCACGCCGCGUCUGGUCUCCGCAGUGGGCGGCAUGGCGCCUUCGCAACCAGCGCUGGCGUUGAGGCCGGCGCCGUCCACUCCGCCGCGGACACCGCCGAAGCCUUCGCAGGGCGCGGCAUUCGCCAUACCGGCGGCAGCGGCGCAGGCGGCGACGGAGCCGCCGGCGCUCGAGGACGAGCUGGCUGCGGACACCGAACUGGCGCGAGUGCUGGUGGCGCCGGAGUGGCGUGCGUUUGCGGACUUUGUGCUGGAGAGUGCGGUGCUGGGGUUGAUGCAGGAGAGCGCGGCGGGCGACUGGGAGAUGCCGGAGGAGGAGGUGGGCCGGUGAGAGCAGGAAUGACAGGUCCGUGGCGCUUGAUGUGUGGGGCAGUGUGAUUGGGACAUCGGGUUAGGCAGCGCUGUAACUGGAGAGCUUUGUUACUCACGGAAGGCUGUGACUCAUUCAGCGCUUUGCUUAUAGCAGUGCUGUGGGGGUGUGGGCUGUCAAGCAGUGAUCAUGCGCUCAGCCCGUGGUAGACUGGGCUGGCCAGCCAUGUAGCGACUUUCCGGAUCAAGGUCCUUUGCUCCGCGUCCUGCUGUGUCAUCCGCGGCUGAGGCUGGGCUCACAGCCGCUGUUGCGCCGCAACAGGGCACGUACAGGGCGAAGUCGCGCAACGUAGCUGCGGCCGUGCGGCGUGUAUGGUGCAGUGCGAGGCUGCGAGCAAGCGGGGAAGCGGUUGGCGUAGCUGGCUGUGCCGAUGGGCCCGCGCCAACCUCCCCAUCAAGAUGAGACCGGUGAGCGUAUGCUCCGAAGCGCAACAUCUGAACGGCUAGAAAAUUUGCAGAAGGUUGUAUCCGCGUCACAUGAGCUGUCUUCACUGGCAUGACGCCGUGGAAAUCGUGGAAAAGCGUGUGCGCAGCCCUUGACGGCUUGCUUGGUGGCAGCCAGGAACACCCAAGCCCGCGCACUCCACGCUGCUGCGGACGCCACCGCAGCCAGUUGUUCUAGAAAGGUGCACCGCUCACGAGUCACGACACUGCAUUGCUCAUAGGCUCGGAGCCUCGCCUCGAGCUGAAGACCGGAUCCAGAUUCCGACGGCGCCCUCACCAACUCCCUGCACGGUGUUACCACAGCCCUUAUAACGGCUAUCAUUCUACGAGACCUACUUUCUAUCAUUAAAUCACUUGAGCACCAAACGUUUAUGCACACGACUUCAAGUUCAAGUUUAAGUGCGAGGAUGACCCUGGUCAUGUUUGCCACCCGCAUUGCGUUCCGCAUGAAAUAAAUUAUCGCAUCAAUGAAUGAUCAUGAUUGCAUGAAGGCGAUCACUGCAAAGCCUGUGUGGAUGUCACUUAUCCUGCGCGGCGCAGCCGACGCGCACUCUCAAACGCCUGAUGACGGGGUUCAGCUGAAACAGGAGCCUUCCAUGCACGUUGUUGGCCCUGUGCGAGCACCUAUGCUGGAAGCUGCAGCAUUAGCGCCAAAACCCAUCUCAUCAGUCGCUCAGCCGUCUCCGCUCGAGUCCCCGCCACACGGUUUGAGCCUCACCCUGAAGGCUGAAGCAGACGGACAUGCAAGCCAUUUGCAACCAUCCCCGGGUUUGUCAUCGGUUGCGGAUGAUGCUACCAA